UGCUGUCCACGCAGUUUUAGGCUUCAAAACAGUUCCAAAUAUCACAAGUCUGCUCUUGCCAAGAAAUGGGCACUUUUGUAAUAAAAAAUCGUGUGUCUACUGCCCAUCAAAUUUUGAUACUCGGGACUGCGCGAGACGGAGUUUAUUUUUGCAAUGAAUCGCGAAGAUGGAAACUGGCGCAUUCGAAGUUUAUGUUUCCAGUGCGAAACGAGUCAGUUGCAUUUCUCACACUCAAAGACUCCCAACUUGCAAAUUGAGGUCUAAGUUUAUUUCUCUUUUUAUUUCUGACUCUCCCAGGAACAGUCAACUCGUCCUUGUUUAGGGUUGCUACUUUUGUGUGUGUGUGGUGUAUAUAUUAAAAAAAAUCCACGUAGUCUCUCGAUUCACCCAAGCUGGGCUGUUUUGCAGCUUUUCUGCUUCAGUGCAUCUCCUCUCCCCCCCCUCCCUCCCCCAAAACACACCAAACCCAAAACCUUACAACAGCGACGUUCCCCUAAUUAAAAAGCAGCCAAUCGGAACCGCCGGAAGGAAGCGGCGCGGCCGAGUCUCUCGGUCGGAAGGUGUCAAUCACCCAGCGGGUAGCCAAUCCGCGGGAGCCUCUGGCUGAACUUCCUCCUUUUUUUGCUGUGGUGUGCAGGGAGAGCGCGGCGAGGUAAACACUGGCUAUGUGAGCGGGGAGCUGUCAAAGAGCAGCUUUCCCAAGUCCCACCAGCAUCCCAUACAUAACAACAAACUCUCAGCAACAACAACAACAACAACAAAACUGAGCAAAAAAAAAACAAGAGGAACUUUACACAAAAACAACUCACUUUAUUUAUAUUUAUCUCUGGCAAUCAGACAACAACUACAAAAAAAAACAGACGGGGAGAAAGAGAGAGAGAGGGAAAAAGCCAUGGCGACAGCGACGUCCAAUCCCUACAUGCCGAGCAAUAGUAUUCUGUCGUCCAACUCUAUCGUGCACAGCGACUCAGGCGGCAUGCAGCAGGCGACCACGUACCGAGAUCCCUCGAAAAUGGUGCAAAGCGACUUCAUGCAGGGGGCCAUCGCCAGCAACGGCCACAUGCUCAGCCAUGCCCACCAGUGGGUGACGGCGCUGCCGCACACCGAUGCCGGCUCGCCUUGGUCCUCGGCCAUGGCAGGCAGCCCCUUGGGUCAGCAGCAGCAGCAGCAACCGCCGCCGCAGCAGCAGCAGCAGCAGGACGUGAAGCCGUCGGUGCAGGUGGUGGGCCGGGACGAGCUGCACACGGGAGCCGCUCCCCUCCAUCACCACCGCCCGCCCCACCUGCCGCCUCACCAGCCGUCUCACGGCGGCCACCCGACCGCCUGGGGGGCGACCACCACGGCUCACCUGUCGUCCAUGGGCUCGUCCGUGCAGCCGCUCAUCUACUCGCAGCCCGGCUUCACCGUCAACGGCAUGCUGAGCCAGGCAGGAGGGCAGAGCUUGCACCCGGGGCUGAGGGACACGCCGGAGCUGGUGGACCACGGGCAGCAGCACCACAGCCACGAACACUCGGACGAGGACACGCCGACCUCAGACGACCUGGAGCAAUUCGCCAAGCAGUUCAAGCAGAGGCGGAUCAAGCUGGGCUUCACCCAAGCCGACGUGGGCUUGGCGUUGGGCACCCUCUACGGCAACGUCUUCUCCCAGACCACCAUCUGCCGGUUCGAAGCGCUGCAGCUGAGCUUCAAAAACAUGUGCAAGCUCAAACCCCUGCUAAACAAGUGGCUGGAGGAGGCCGACUCGUCGACCGGCAGCCCGACCAGCAUCGACAAGAUCGCCGCUCAGGGCAGGAAGCGAAAGAAGCGCACUUCCAUCGAGGUGAGCGUCAAAGGAGCUCUGGAGAGCCACUUCUUGAAGUGUCCCAAGCCCUCGGCACAGGAGAUCGCAAGCCUGGCUGACAGCCUGCAGCUGGAGAAAGAGGUGGUCCGGGUUUGGUUCUGCAAUCGGAGGCAGAAAGAGAAACGCAUGACGCCGCCGGGAGGAGUGCAGCAGACGGACGAUGUAUACUCACAGGUCGGCAAUGUGAACGCCGACACACCGCCCUCUCAUCAUGGACUACAAACCGCCGUGCAGUGAAAGCAAAACACGAAGCAUAGGCUGUUUAGAUCGGAUUUUUUUUAAAAAAAAAUUGAAAAAAAACAACAAAAAUAAGGACAAAACGAAAUCAACAAGUCCAGGACUAUCGCAUUGAUAGCAGGUUUUCUACUGUGAUUGUGAGGCUGGCGAUUGCAUAGAAUGAGUGCACCAAAACUGCAGAUGUCUUUUCAUUAAAAAAAAACAAAUAAAUCUGAACACCUCCCCCCCCUCCCCCCUUCCUGGUUUGUGGUGAUCGACGGGUGGACCCCAGAUACUUCCAGAUAAGUGUGUCUACAUUUAGUCUGCUGUUUCAGAAAGACUGGUUUUUGAAAUAAUUUCAGAUUUGGUCCAGCGAGCUCGGAUCGGCCGUGGGCGCUGGACUGUGCCUGGUGUACUUCCAGAGGCUGGUUUUUCUUGGCUAUAUCAGGUGCAUAGACAACGACACUGAGGUAGAAAAUCAUUCAUUCUGUUAGUUGAAGUACAGAAGACUGUCCCUUAUGUAAAACACUGUAAUCUGCAGGAGAAAGGGAGCUAAUCCGUACUGACUAUCAAAUAAGAAAGACCGGUAAAAGGGGGUCUUAAAAACGUGAAACUUCAGAGCAACGUUUAAACCUGCAAGGCAGGGGAAAUUUCAAGAGAAAACAAUUCGAUGGGUUGAUCCAAAAAUAAUGACAGAUGGAACUUUCUGCAACGAGGCUUGUUGGAAAAGACAAGACAAAAGAAAGACUAGGGGAUUUGGGCGAGAAAUUGUCCCAGAUGUGGCUUUGAUGAUUGGUUCAUUAUGUUGUCUUCGACCUCAUUCUUCCUACCCGCCCCCAAAAAAAACCUUAGCCCGAAUGUUUUCUAAUUUCAUCUCCAGCCCACUGGAGUAGAAGCAUUUUUUAAGAAAAAAAAGAAAAAAAAACUCCACCAUCUGCAGCUGCACUUAUUGAACUUAUCCUCUUCUUAAAAAAAACCAUUGCCAAGUUGAAUGAAUGGGUGCUGUGGAUGCGACUGUAUAAAACUGCCAUUUCCAAGCAGUGUUCUUGGUAGGUUUCAAUAUAGACUUUUCAAAGACGCAAUAUAGAGUCCGUAGAUCAGUUACUGAUCUAAAAAUAUUUACUUUAUAUUUUCAUCAGAAUUGACUUCUUUUAAUAUUUUAUUCAGAAUACCUAUGAACUGCUGCAAAACGG